CGAGCCAAAGCUAUGUCUUCUUCCACGUUCAAUCCCAAAAUUUAUAUAUACAUAGACAUAAAUAUAUAAAUCUUCUAUUCUAAUAGUACAAAAUCUAUCCAUUUUCUCUUUUAUCAAUUCUUGGGUAUCUAAGUGGAUUCUUUCUGUUUUGAAAUGGGUAGUGAAAAUUCACUUGUUUUCUUUUAGUUUCUGCAUGUUUCUUUUUAUUUUCUUUCUUUCGGAUCAAACGUUUUUUCAACUAUGAAUCUUACCAAAGAAAAGAAAUCCAUGUCAACUGCCAGCUCUAGUGUAGGUUGGAAAGCUGGGGACGUUGUUCCCGAUCAGUUUCCGGCAGGUUUAAGGGUCUUAGUUGUUGAUGAUGAACCAACAUGGCUCAUGGUUCUGGAGAAGAUGCUCAGGAAUUGCCUUUAUGAAGUUACAAAAUGCAAUCGCGCUGAGACUGCAUUGUCCUUGCUUCGGGAAAACAAAAAUGGAUAUGAUAUUGUUAUAAGUGAUGUUCAUAUGCCAGAAAUGGAUGGAUUUGAACUCCUUGAACACAUUGGGCUAGAGAUGGAUGUGCCUGUUAUCAUGAUGUCCGCUGAUGGUGAGAAAAAUGUUGUUAUGAAGGGGGUCAUCCGUGGUGCUUGUGAUUACCUGAUUAAACCAGUUGGCAUGGAGGCACUGAAGAACAUAUGGCAGCAUGUGGUUCGGAAGAAAAGGAAUGUAUGGAAGCACUUGGAGCAAUCAGGUAGUGUAGAAGAAGGAGAUAGACAGCAGAAACAAUCUGAGGAUGUAGAUCACUCAUCUUCAGCCAAUGCAGGAAAUAGGAGAAACUCAAAAAAGAGGAAGGACGAGGAAGAAGAUGCAGAGGAAAGGGAUGAUACUUCUACAUUGAAGAAGCCAAGAGUGGUUUGGUCAGUUGAACUACACCAGCAGUUUGUUGCAGCUGUUAAUCAACUAGGCAUUGACAAGGCUGUCCCAAAGAAAAUUCUAGAGUUGAUGAAUGUUCCUGGGCUCACUAGAGAAAAUGUUGCUAGCCACCUCCAGAAAUAUCGUUUGUAUCUCAGAAGAUCGAGUGGGGUUUCACAGCACCAGAACAAUUUGAACAGUGGUUUUAUUACCCCCCAAGAAGCGACUUAUGGUCCACUGUCCUCGCUUAAUGGACUUGACCUUCAAACUCUUGCUGCUACUGGUCAGCUUCCAGCACAGAGCCUUGCCACGCUCCAAGCAGCUGGGAUUGGUCGAUCAGUAGUUAAGUCCAGAAUUCCUAUGCCCAUAGUUGAUCAAAGGAACCUUUUCAGCUUUGAAUUUCCAAAAUUAAGAAUUGGAGACGGGCAACAACAACAAUUAAGCACUGGCAAGCCUAUGAAUUUACUUCAUGGAAUCCCAACAACCUUGGAACCAAAGCAGCUUGCGAAUUUGCACCAUUCAGCACAAUCUCUUGGGAGCAUGAAUAUGCAAGUUAAUGCCCAUGGUAGUCAGGGUGGUCAGAAUAAUUCAUCACUGAUGCAGAUCUCUCAAUCACAGUCCAGGGGGCAGACACUAAAUGAAGCCACUGGCAACCAUGUUCCUACUCUCCUCCCAUCAUCCAUGGCACAGCCAAUUCUAUCUAAUCCAGUUGUUGGUGGAGUGUUAGCAAGAAAUGGUUUAACUGAGAAUGGUAGAGGUACUGAAUAUAAUCUAGUCUCGCAAUCAUCUUCAAUGUUGAAUUUCCCCUUGAACAGCGCAGCAGAAUUAUCAAAUAAUAGUUUUCCUCUGGGAACUUCUCCGGGGAUAUCCAGUCUCACAUCUAAGGGGGUACCUCAAGAAGAGGUUAGUUCAGAAAUAAAAGGAUCUGUAGGAUUCAUGCCAAGUUACGAUAUUUUUAGUGAUUUGAAUCAGCACAAAUCCCAUGAUUGGGAAUUACAUAAUGUAGGCAUGACCUUCAAUGCCUCCCAGCAAAACAACUCUCUGCAAAGCAAUCUUGAUAUUGGGCCAUCAGUUUUAUCUCAUCAAGGGUUUUCUUCAAGCCGAAGGACUGGACAGAACAGUAAUAUAUCUGCUGUAGGCAAACCCAUGUUUACAGCUGGGGAUGCAAGUGAACGUGUAAAUGCACAAGAUGUUGGACAUUUCAACACUUUUUUUGCAGAUAAUUCAGUGAGGGUUAAGUCUGAAAUUGUUUCUGAUGCAAACUGUCAGAUUAACAUCUUCCCUGAACAAUUUGGCCAAGAAGAUCUCAUGAGCACACUUCUAAAACAGCAGCAGCAGGGACAUAUAGCAUCAGCUGAAAAUGAGUUUGACUUUGACGGGUAUCCCCUGGAUAACAUGCCUGUGUAGCAGUUCUCUUAGCUAUUUGGGUUUCUUAUUGUACGUACCUGCUUUUGCAGAUGAAUUUAUUUAUCUCUUCUGCAACCAGAGGGAAGCAGUUCAAAUUAGCAUUGUGCUUGACAGACAGGAUUGCUUGAUUUCAGUUAGCUGCAUUUCCUUUGUGCAUGUCAUGAUGUUCAGCUGGUUUAAUUUGGACAGAAAAUCAGCAAAUGGGAAGAAGUUGAGAUGAAAUAUUUCGUCAGAACGUACUUGCAAAUUUUGCGAGAUACGAUGCAUGAAAUGCCAAGGCAUACAUGCAAAAUUUUGGCUGCAAUUGGGUUGGAAAAUCUAGAGAGAAGCAACUAAUUUUAGAGUGCUUGUGGAACAUUGGUACAGAGUCAUGGAGAUAACUUCUUAGACAUCUGCAGAAUUUUUAGGAGCCUUGCUAACUCUAGUAACAGAUCAAAUUUUUAUUUUUUAAUUGAUUUUAAUUUAUAUUUUUUAUUUAAGGAAUUCACCUUGAAGUAAAUAGUCCAUUUGAUUGCUCUAGAUGUAAGUCUUGAGUAAUUUUUAUUUCUUUCUUUUUUUUUCUGGAUGAUUUCUCGUACUUAAUUUCUUCCUUUUGCCCUUCUAUGCAUUUUUAUAAUGAAGCCUCUGUUUCAUCAUUUGAUAGAGUUGCUAUGUUUCUAAGAGGUUAUAUU